AACCAAGUAAAAAGAUGCAGGAUGGUGAGCAGGCGGUUUGUUCUGAGGGUACGAAAGAGGAGAAGGAGGGUAAUUAUGAGGAAAAGGAUGAGGACCGGGAAAGUCCUGUGAUACUUCUGACAGCCCCUACUGGCCGUGCAGCCUCCAUACUUAAGAGGCGCACCGGGAUGAAAGCGAAGACCCUGCACAGUGUCCUGGGCACCGCCCGCAAGUCCAAUCCCGAGGAAUUCAUCUACGACAAGGUGGAGAUCCUAGUCGUGGAUGAAUGCAGUUUAGUUCCCAUCUCCAUCUUGUCAGAAGUCUUGAGUACACUUCUGGGCCACAGCCUAAAGAAGGUCAUCUUCUUGGGUGACCCACAUCAACUCCCGUCCAUCGACCCAGGAAACUUUCUCAAAGAUAUCAUCAAAGCCGUUUCCCAGACUACCAAUCUUAGCUUCAUCCAGACCCUGGAGAAGAAUCACCGGACUGACAAGGGCGGCAGACUCAUCGUUAAGAACGCACGUAAGAUCGCUGAAGAGAGAAAGAGCGACCUUCUCUAUGAGCCUGACAGGUUUGAAAUGAUUGACACCUCAAACUGUGAGGCUGGCAAAGGUCAACAACAAAUUCUGGACAGACUGAUAAGGACCAAGCGCCAGCUCCAAGAUCACAAAAAGUCCCAGAUUGUGGCCUUCAAAAACGUCGAUGUUGAGAACAUCAACAAAGUAUGCUGUAAGUACUACGCAGGGCAUGACACAUUCAUGCCAGGUCGACAUCAUAGUCAUCACAUCGGAGACAAGAUCUGCGCUAGGAAAAACUCCACCAUCAGGAUCUUAGGACGAAGCAACCCCAAGGACAAGGACAAGAAGAAGCUAGAGGCAGAAGGGAGCAAGGUCCAAAGAGAGGGAGAGGCAGAAGGGAAUGAGGUCCAAAGAGAGGGAGAUGCAGGAGGGAGCGAGUUCAAGGUGGACAACCAGAAACAAAGAGAGGGUCAGGCAGGCCCGAGCAAGAAGAAGGAAAAGAAGGGCAAAGAAACUUAUCACAUCAGCAAUGGAGAUACUUUCUUCAUUAAAAAUUUGAGAGAAGUGGUGGAGAAUGACGGGAAGAAAAAGGAGAUCGCCACUCUCCAGUCAAUGGAUGAAGAAGAAGGUACUCUAUUCGAUGUGAACUUCAAGGAGAUGAGGAGCAGGUCCAAGAUCCGAUAUGCUUGGGCUAGGACCAUCAACACCUACCAGGGCUCCGAGGUAGACUACAUUGUGUACGUGAUAAGCCCAAACUCUUUCUACGAGACUUGGCAGCACCUCUACACGGCCAUCACCAGGGGGUGCAAGGGAUGCAUCAUCGUGGGGACACCGGCCCGCCUGCAAAAGGUUGUGAAAACCAAUCCUAGACCAAGACAAACCAGUCUGGCAAGGUUCCUCGGAGAGAACCUUUGUGAACUCCUGAUCUCAAGACCCAAUCUUGCAGUACCAAGAAACGUCAUUAGCUCCAAGAGAGCACAAGAACAGCCUGUAAGGGGAUCACCUUUCCAUCUACCGUCUAGUUCAAAUCCAGCUACUCCUGUACGAAGUCCACACCAGCAGAGCCCAUGGGGAAGGCGAGAAGUGCCUGUCAACAAAUCCGUAUCCAAUGGGCCAUCGACCUCCAGUGCUACUCCAGUGCAUUCAUUUAUAGAUGAAGCGAACAAAUCUACAUGCACUACACCAUCUAUCUCAAGUGCUACUCCAGUGCAAUCGCUAGCUAGACUGAAUGAGAUUCUAAAAUGUGGCAGCCUUACUGCCCCUAAAAGAGCUGUUCCAGUUCCUGGAUGCACUCUAUCAGCAGCUGACCUUCCUGGAUGUACAUCGUUGGCUCCAGAUCUGCCUGCAUGUAAGGCAUCAUCACCAGCCUCUUCUGGAUGUAAGGCAUUAGCAUUAGCCUCUCCUGGAUGUGAGACAUCACUGGUAGCCCCUUCUGGAUACGAGGCAUCAGCAGUAGUGUCUCCUGGAUGUACGUCAUUGGCUGCAGGUCUUCCUGGAAGUAAAACACUGGCAACAGUAGAUACUCCUUUAGAAGUCAAAGCCAAGCCAAACAGAGGGAAGCUCUCCAGGAAGCGGAAAGUAAAGAACACUGUUCCUGUCAACCAAGAUGUGCCAUGUCUGCAGGGAGGUGAUAGCACUGUUACAAUGGAUUCAGAGGUACCCGAGAAAAAGUCUUGUACAUCGAAACCAUCUCUUGCAGUGAGUCCCAUGGCUGUCGCAGAGCAGGAUCAUCUGGACAAGGAUCAAGUAUCUGAUAGUAAUGGAGCAGAACAAGCCAAGGGGACAUCAUCGCCACAACAGCGUGAAGGAGAUUUACUUUUCACUUCCAUCCUACCCAAGGAAGAAAGUACCCCUGUCGUGCCCAGUCGCAAGUCGGGUUUCACGUUUUCUCGCAAACGCUUGAAACUUGCAAGAGAAAACAAAAAUAAAGAUGAUCAAAAUAUGUCCAAGGGCGUUAAGGUCGAGACACUUCCUGCUGAUGGGCAGGGAUCACCAGAGACAGUUCAUGGCUAUGGCAAAGAGAACCACAAUGAGCCAUUCAGAGGUUCCAGAGGGAAGAUGGAUGGAAAGGAGUUGUCUGAAGGAUUCAGAUCGCCCAGUGACUCCAGAGCACCCCUGAAAAGUCUGGCUUUGAUAUCUUAUGCUGUAUUGAAAUCAGUCCUCUCUAAAUCCCCACAGGGUGUGGAGAAAGAUCAAAACCUAAGGGUUCCAAAGCUCAAGGAUGUACAAGAAAACACCUCCAAGGUACAGCCAAAGCAGCAAUCCGUUGGAAACAGUCAAGAAACCCUGAUCUGUGUCCCAGGCCUACUUGUAGGAAGAUAUAAAAAUGUGCGGCGGAUUUACAGUCAAGAAAGCGAGGAACUGCCAUCAUCCCCUAGCAGAAAGUCAAAUGAGUGUAAAGAAGAGUGUCCAUUCGAGGACAGCAAUGAUCAAGAACUGUCCCAAUUUCUCUUACAGCCCCCUUCUGCCCUUGAGGUUCAUCCUCUUUUCAGAGGUCUGGAAGAAUACCUGAAAGAUGAUGAUGAUGAGACUGAUUGCUCCAUCUCAUCGGAUGAAACUGCCUUCUCUUCCAGUGGCUCAAGUCCUUGUCUAGGCACAGGUGACUACCCUUCAGAUGGUAAUGAUGAUGAUGAUGAGGAUGGUGGUGGUGGUGGUGGUGAUGUUCAGGAUAAUGCAUUUGAAGAUGAUGAUGAAGAUGAGGAAAUGUCACAAUUUAUUUUCCAUCAUCCACAUUAGAUUGGAAGUUGGUAGAAAAUUGGGAGUGAUCACUGUUGAUCAUCCUUGCUUUCUUUCCUGAAGCCAUCGCAGUUUGCAAAACUAACAUUAAAACUGUCUAUUAAGGUCACCCAAGGCCGAUAGAAAAAGUGACCACUUUAGGCAGGUGGCCUUUCUAGACAGAUUCUACAACACACAUUUCUUUCUCAAGGGAGAUGAAAUACAUAGGCAUUAUACACAGGCAGCCUUUAUGGAGAUUAGAGAGGUGGUCAUGGGUUCGACUGUAUAAGUAGACAUUUACCUAUUAGUCAUUCUGGAAAUUGUGACAAACACUGCUGUAAUGCAUAGUGUGCAA